AUGGCGGAGGCGAUUCGAUGCGCGCAGAUCGGCUCGCUCGCGGCGGAGUCGCUCGUCGCCGCGAACGACGACGAGAUCGACUGGGACGACCCGAGCGAUCCCGUGUACGAGAUGGCGGGCGGGUUCUCGCGCGAGGUGUGGAGGCAGAUCGUGCAGACCGCGCUCGCGUACGAGGCGAGGAAGGGCGAGCGAGGAGGAGGAGGAGGAGGAGGAGGAGGAGGAGGAGGACGCGCGGCGCGGCAACGCGACGACAGCGACAGCGAGUUCGAAGCCUUCACCGACGAGAGCGAGGAGGAGGAGGAGGAGGAGGACGAGGACGAGGACGACGCCACGGAGCGAUGGGCCGCGGAGGCUGCCGCCGCGACGCUCAGCGCGAACGGCGACGCGGGCGACGACGACGACGACGACGGCGAGCGACGGUCGUCCGCGAGGAUCAUCCGCGACCGACGACGCGCCGCGCGCGAGAAAGCGAAGGCGGAGCGCGCGGCCGCGAUGCGCGCGGGCGUCCUCGCGACGCUGCGGUCGAUCGAGAGAGAGAGAGAACGAUCGAGAUCGAGCGAGGGCGGCGGCGAACGCGGCGGCGAACGCGGCGAACGCGACGCGGACGCCAUCGCGCUCGUGCGGUUCGCGCUCGCGCAGGGCGCCGACGUCGCGCUCGCGCUCGACGCCAUGCGAGCCGUCGCGGCGGAGAAGGCGAAAGAGGUGGAGUCGACGUGCGAGCGGCACUACGGCGACUUCGCCGCCGCCAUGGGCGAGCUCGACGGCGUGUCGAGCUCCUCCGCGGCGCUCGGGAGAGCGUCCGCGGCGCAGAACGAAUCCCUCCGAGCGGCGACGACGCCGCUGGUGGAGACGUACGAGGCGCUGAGCGUCUCUCGCGCGGUCGCGAAGCGCGCGAAGGAAGCCGCCGACGCCGUCGCGCGGUGCCAACUCGCGCUCGAGUGCGCGCAGCGAUGCGGCGAGGAAGCGCGCGAGGGCCGGCUCUUUCGCGCGCUGCGACGCGUGGAAGACCUCGAGCAGAAGCACCUCCCGGGGCUGCCGUGCGGCGUGUUGGAGAAGAGCGUGCACGGCGGGACGUACGGCGCGCGAGACGCGAUCGCGCGCGCGGGCGUCGUCUCCGCGACGGAGUGGCUCGCGCGCGCGCGCGACGCGGCAAGAAGCCUGGGCCUGCGCGAGCUCGAGGACGUCGCCGGUUCGAUGCCCGGCGGCGGCGUCCAGGAGGUGGUGGACGCGUUUCUCGCGAGGAACGAGAGGGACGACGCGACGUGGACGCGGCGACGAGCGGCGGUGGCGGCGGCGGACUCGGGGGACGUCGCGGCGGUGCGGAAGGUCGUCGACGCGUCCGUCGCCGCGGCGCGCGCGAAGGCGGAGGACGCGAGGAAGGCGGCGGCGGAGAGGGCGCGGCGAUCGAACGACGCGGCGGCGGCGGCGGCGGAGUCGGCGGAGUCGGCGGCCGGGGGCGGAGGCGGCGCGCCGGUCCCCGCGGGGAGCGCGGGCGACGGCGAGCACACGCCGAUCAAGCGGAGGAUCGACUUCGCCGGGGAGGUGGCCGAUCUCGAGAAGCGACGCGUCGUCCCGCCGGCGGCGGUCGAUUCGAACGCGGACGCGCGCGGAGGAAAGGAGAGCGCCGCCGCCGCCGCUGCGGUAACGCUCGACGUCGUGCCGUUACUCCGCGCGGACCGGCUCUUCGCGCGGAUGCACGUCUCGGAAGAGUUCUACCGCAAGUUCCAACGAGACCGCGCGAUGCAACUGAAAGCGGACCUCGGCGGCGAGACGGGCGUGUGGGCGACGGCGUACGCGAGCGCGAACACGUCGAGCACGGGCGCGUACGACUCCCCGAACGACCACCUCAGAGACAUCAACGAGAAGGGCAUCGUCGACCUCGUCGGCCACUUCGUCGUCAACGCCAUCGUCGACGACGCCAUUCCCGGACUCCUCGGCGGCGCGGACGCGUCUCGAGCCGUCGCGACCAAGGCGUGCGAGGACGCGGCGGCGGCGGCGACGCGCGUCGUUCACGUCGCGUCAGACGUCCGCGUCGUCGCUCGCACGCGCGCGCGCUUCGCGGCCGCGUCCGACGCGCUCCUCGCGCGCGGGUUCGUCGACGCCGCGGACGCGCUGCGUCGCGCGUCGGAGACGGCGGGCGCGCGGCGCGUGGAGCUGUCGUCCAACGACGCGCGCGCCGCGCACGCGGCGCUCGGCCCGGCGAUCGAACGUCUGUAUCCGAUCGACGGCGCGAAUUACUCCGCGAUGGCGGCUGACGCGGACCGGCUGUUGACGGCGUUCGCGAGCGACGUCGGGACGUUCGUCGGCGGGGGCGCGGGGAAUUCGAAAGAUUCGAAAGAUUCGAAACGACGGGUGGGAUUACCCGGUGCGCGACGCGACGACGACGCGUCGGCGAUCGAGAUUGUCCGCGCGGCGAGGGACGCGACGCGGCGCGGCGUCGACGCGUUCGCGCGGUUCACCCUCGAGCCCGUCGUGUCCACGCGCGGUCUCAAAGAGAUGCACGCGAUGCAGCUCGCGACCGACGCCGCGCAUCUGAACGAGCGGUGCGUCGCGUGGGAGCGAUCGGCGGCAUCGGCCGCGGUGGCGGCGUUCACCGGCGACGACGGCGGCGUCGUCGUCGCGCGCGAGACGACGGCGGAUGGUAACAAAAAAUGGGCGCCGUUUGAAUCGCUCGCCGCGUCGGCGACGGCGACGCUGAACGCCAUCGUCGCGCGGCGCGUGGACGAGCUCAUGACGUCGUCGUCCGCGGCGGCGGACUGGGACCCGCCGUCGCCGCCGACGACGGCGUCGGAGACCAUCUCCGGCGUCGUCGUGUACCUCGACGGUAUCCUGCGGUUCGCUUCGACGUCGCUUCCGCCGGCGGCUGCGGGCGCGCUCGCGCGCGCGGCGCUCCGCGCCGCGUCCGCGUCCGCGCUCGCGCCGCUGACGCGCGUCGACGGCGGCGUCCGGAAGUUCACGAUCUUCGGCGUGGUCGGGUUAACGCACGACCUCGAAGCGUUAGAGUCGCUCGCGGACGCGAUGCAGGGCAUCCUGUCCUCGGCGUCGAUCGUCUCGCCGACGAAGAAACGCGGCGACGCAGCCGGCGGCGGCGGCGGGUUCGCGGAGGGCCGCGGGCGGCUGCGCGACGCGCUCUUCGCCCCGAGGGCGUUCGUCGAGCUCAUGUCGUCGUCGAACGCGUCGUCGUCGUCAUCGUCUUCCAGCGGAGGAAACGGCGAGGUCGCGGCGGUGGCGAGCGCGUUGGACGUGAACGAGGCGGCCAAGGCUGGCGUGGACGCCGCGGCGUUGGCGCGCGCGUUGGAAAAGUACAGAGAGAUCUCCGCGGCGACGAAGCUGAUGGCGAUGGUGGACCGCUUCGGCGGGGAUUCGGACCUCGCGGGGAGGGCGCCGACGAAGCGCGACGUCGACGCGGCGGUGAAGGUGCUGAGGGCGCGCGCGAGCGGCGGCGGCGGCGGCGGCGGCGGCGGCGCGGAGAAGAAGUGA